UUCUCUGUGAUCUUAUUAGAAAAAAAUUGCCGAAGUGAGGUGAACUUCCAUACAAUAUAAAUAACUUAUUUUUAUUAAACUCGCAAUUCCAAUUAAAAUAAAGCUAGCAAUUUUGAGGAAGAAUGUCAUCAUAUAUAGUAGCACGAGCGCUUACUCCAGCUUUUCGUCGAGUAGUCCAUAAAUUACUCUUGGCGGAUCUCACAUGCCUUCAAAAUACAUCCAGCGGCGCUGUUGUAAGAUGUACAGUUCCAAGUUACCAAAAAAGGUUUUAUGCAGAAAAGAAAGUCUUCGAACGUAAUAAACCUCAUUGUAACGUAGGAACAAUUGGUCAUGUAGAUCACGGAAAGACUACCCUUACAGCUGCUAUCACCAAAGUAUUAGCUGAUCAAAAAUUAGCACAGGCUAAAAAAUACGCUGACAUUGAUAAUGCCCCAGAAGAAAAAGCUAGAGGAAUCACAAUUAAUGUUGCACAUGUUGAGUAUCAGACCGAGAACAGGCAUUAUGGGCAUACAGAUUGCCCUGGCCAUGCUGAUUAUAUAAAGAAUAUGAUAACAGGAGCUGCCCAAAUGGAUGGAGCAAUUCUUGUCGUUGCAGCAACUGACGGUAUUAUGCCACAGACAAGAGAGCAUUUAUUAUUAGCUAAACAAAUUGGUGUUGAACAUUUAGUUAUUUUCAUCAACAAAGUUGAUGCCGGUGAUAAAGAGAUGGUGGAAUUAGUGGAAAUGGAAAUUAGGGAACUUCUCACAGAAAUGGGAUUUGAUGGAGAAAAUAUCCCAAUUGUUGCUGGAUCUGCAUUGUGCGCAUUAGAAGAUAAAAACCCAGAAAUUGGUAGAGAUGCAAUUAUAAAGUUAUUGGCGGAAGUGGAUGCACAUAUUCCCACUCCUAUUAGAGAACUGGACAAACCCUUCCUUUUACCUGUGGAACACACACACUCGAUACCUGGAAGAGGCACAGUAGUGACUGGACGUUUAGAAAGGGGUAUUGUGAAAAAGGGAAUGGAAUGUGAAUUUAUAGGUUACAAUAAGAAGAUAAAAAGUGUUGUCACAGGUAUCGAGAUGUUCCACCAAAUUUUAAAUGAGGCCCAAGCUGGAGAUCAGUUGGGUGCUUUGGUCAGAGGUAUCAAGAGAGAAGAUGUUAAAAGAGGAAUGGUCAUGGCAAAGCCUGGAACAGUGAAAAAUCAUGACAAUAUAGAAAGUCAAGUGUAUGUUUUGAGCAAAGAGGAAGGAGGUAGAACUCGACCUAUCACGAGUUAUACUCAGUUACAAAUGUUUUGUAGGACUUGGGACACCGCAUGUCAAGUUUUAGUACCUGAUAAAGAGAUGGUCAUGCCUGGUGAGGAUGCAAGGCUGCUGUUGAGAAUGUUGAAACCCAUGGUGCUGGAGGCAGGCCAGAGGUUCACGUUGAGGGAUGGUACUCAAACUCUGGGUACGGGGGUAGUAACUAAAGUUCUUCCCGAUUUGAAGAAGGAGGAAAGGGAUACAUUGAUUGAAGGAAAGAAACAAAGAGAAAAGAGAUUGGCCCAAGCUAGCAAGUGAAACUAAUGGAUAAAUUAUAUUUUUUUUUAUCUCAUUUUCUUAUUGUGAAGUUGAGUGUUUUGAAACUAUGAAAUGGGAACAUCAUCCCCAGUUAUAGGUUAAGAUAUUUUUAGAAAUCACAUUGAUAAUGUGUUUAUUAUAUUUCAGAAACAUGUCUAAAGAAAAUACUUUACAAACUGUGUUAGUUGACUAAUAAACGAAAGGUCGUUUUAUGUAAUGAUCAAUAAAACAUUAAACAAAA